UGAAGUAUGGGAAAGAGAACAGAUUCGGCUGGACUCCGUUUCGGCGGCAGAUCCCCUGAAGCAGAGCUGCAGUUUUGAUCUGGAUUCUUGCUCGCUCGCUCGCUCGCUCUCUUCCGUUUUUGGAGAAGUUCAGGCACCUCGGCUUUCACCGCCACCAAAGAUGCUGCUUCGGUAAUGACCGAGAUCUCUUUCAGUCAACGGGAGGCGCAAUGCUACCCCUCUGCUGGUGCUGCCCGCCAGCACCUGCGUCCCCUACGACGGCGGCCAUCAUGACCAGCACGGCCACACCUUCCUACCACUUCAAGAGUUUCUGUGGGGAGUUUGAACGGGUAGAAAGUGCCCUGGAACGCCUCGAGGCCAGUGGGUUCUACUGGGGCAGCCUGUCAGGCACCGAGGCCAAGCGGCUUUUGACCUCCCAGCCGCCCGGCAUCUUCCUGGUGCGAGAUUCCUCCGAUCACCACCACCUGUUCACUCUGAGCGUCCGCACCAACACAGGCAUCACCAACCUGCGGAUCCAGCAGGAGGGCUCGGCUUUCCACCUGGAGGCUCUGCCAGGGGCUGGACAUCCCCCCACCUUCCGCUGCGUGGUCCAGUUGGUAGAGUAUUAUCUCUGCCUGGGGGCCGUGGAAGGGGGCCCCUGCUAUCUGGAGAGGGAGGGGCAGCCCCCAGUGCCUCUGGCGCUCACACAGCCGCUCUGCUGCAAGGUGCCCACGCUGCAGGAGAUGUGCCGCCGGGCUGUGCGGGCCAGCAUGCAGGGGGGAGGCGAUCCCCGGGCCCAGUUGCAGGGGCUGCCAGUACCCCAGGGACUGUUGAACUCACUCUGCAGCUGAACAUGGGGCACCAGCUCCAAGGCCUUGCAGUAAGUGUGGGGUGUUUCCUUCCAAACAUUCCUUGUAUAGUACAUGAACAGGAAUGGCCGCAGACAGCACUUUGCUGGGGGGGCCUCUUCAUUUAUCUUCAUGGAAUAAACCAGCUGUGCAUGGGGCCAGCCACCUCUCUCCAUCCAACUGACCGCUCACUAUUCAUUCUGAUGUAACCUCAGACCCCCAAAAUCCAAAGGGAAGAGGGAAAGGGCAAUUCAUUCAAGGAUGUAGUGAGGCAUCCUGUAAGAUUUAGAAGCCCUCUAGCUUGUUUUCUCCACUGCCUUUAAAGCACCCAAUUCUGCCUUCACAAGAGCACCUGUAUUCUAGGAGGCUCACACAUUUUCUCCCCACUCCACCUCACAUUGGCAGAGCUGCCUCAUCCCCUUGAACAAAGCACUAUCCACAUGCUACGCUGCACGUCUUUGGAAAAUGCACACGUGAGAUGCUCAGAACAAGCACCGGAGCCAAAUGGGCAGCAGAUGUGAACCCACAGGAAAAGUCAGGCAGCAAUGUAUUGUGUAAUAAAUCUCUUAAAUCUUU